AUGCCGAUUGUGCACAACUGUAAUCGUUAUGGUCACACGGCUCCCUACUGUCGUCAAGCUAAUCCUGCUCCUCAAGCUCAGCAAGCUCCUGCUCCACCAGCUCAAGCAACUCUUCCAGCUCCUCCUCUGCAGAACCCAGGGUCGAUCAAUGCAGUUCGUGCAUGCUUUCAGUGUGGGGAUACUACUCAUCUUCGCCAUCGUUGCCCCCAGCUGAACCAAGAUCAACAAGCAGCCGCUCGUGGACGAGCAUUUAACCUCAAUGCUAAUCAGGCUCGCAACAACAAUGACGUGGUGAAUGGUAUAUUUCUCAUUAAUAAUCUCUAUGCUUCGAUUCUAUUUGAUAGUGGUGCCGAUAAGAGUUUUGUGUCCGGGGAAUUCGAGUCUUUGAUAAAUUGUACACGCUCUAAGUUACCUAAACCGUUCUCUGUUGAGGUCGCCAAUGGUAAGUCGAUUCUUGUAAAUUCUAUCAUGCGUGAUUGUUCCUUGAAUCUUAACGAUCACGUAUUCUCUAUUGAUCUUAUACCCAUGCGUUUGGCUAGUUUUGAUGUUAUCAUCGACAUGGAUUGGUUGCGUAAGAACCAUGCCGAAAUUGUGUGUCACGAAAAGCUUGUCCGUCUCCCUCUUCCAUCUGGUGAUCUUUUACAUGUUUAUGGGGAUCGACCUUUGAAAGGACUAAGGCUGAUGUCAUGCACACAAGCGAGCCGAAAUUUACGUAAACAGAACCCUGCCUUCUUGGCCCACGUGGUGGAACAAAAGGGCAAGGGGAAGGACAUAAACGAAGUUCCAGUUGUGUAUGAUUUUCCUGAUGUCUUUCCUGAGGAUCUACCUGGUCUUCCUCCUCCCAGAGCUGUUGACUUUCGUAUCGAUCUCGUACCUGGUGCGACUCCCGUCGCCAGGGCUCCUUACCGUCUUGCACUUUCCGAGAUGCAAGAGUUAUCCAGCCAGCUAUAG